AUGGUCCUAAACAACGGAAGCAACGGCUCUAACGGUCACAACAUGGAGGCCAUCCCCAAAACUCUUGUUGGAAAAGUAGCACUUGUUACUGGUGGUGGUCGCGGUAUCGGCGCUGGAAUUGCCCUAGAAUUGGCCAAACGAGGCGCCUAUGUCGCCGUCAAUUACUCUACUAGCGCUUCCUCUGCUGAAGAAGUUGUCCAGGCCAUUGAAGAUGCUGGUUCCCGCGGUGCUGCCUUCAAGGCCGACCUUACCAUUGUUGAGGAAAUCGAGGGCCUUUUUCGCGCUGUUGUGGCUCACUUCGGUCGUAUUGACAUUGCAGUAUCCAACUCCGGCCGUGAGAAAUUCAAGCCGCUAAGCGAAACCACUCUUGAGGACUUUAACGAGGUGUUCGACCUUAACACACGGGCCCAGUUCUUUGUCGCCAAGGCUGCUCACAAGUAUCUCGAGCAAGGCGGACGGCUAAUUCUCAUGUCGUCUAUUGCCGCCGGGGUGAGUGUUCCUGGCCAUGCCCUGUAUGCUGGCAGCAAGUCCGCCGUUGAGGGCUUUACUCGCUGCUUUUCUGCAGAUUUCGGCGAGAAGAGGUGCACAGUCAAUGCGAUCGCGCCAGCCGGAGUCAAGAGUGAUAUGUGGCUAAAGAACUCCUGGAGAUACGCACCUGGAUGUGACAAGUCCUCCUCUUUGGAAGAUAUUGAGGCGGCGUUGGCCAAUGGCAGCCCUUUGAAGAGAUGCGGUGUUCCGGCCGAUAUUGGAAGAAUUGUCUCUUUCCUCUGCAGCCAGGAUGGAGAAUGGAUCAAUGGCCAAAUCCUUCCGGCCAACGGAGGUGCAAACAUCUAA